GAUACUGCGGCAUUUCCUUUAUACUCAGUGAGUCGCAGUGCACGCUAGCGUAUCACUCCGCCAGCAGAGGAAAUGGUCCUAGACCAAUCACAUCUGUGUUUACACCAUCACCUGUCAAACACACACCCUGAGCUACGUUUUCUCUCUGAAAGGAGCUGAAACACACACUCACACUGAAGCGCCUACGGUAGCCGCUAACUGGACGGACUCUCUGGUAAUUGACCUUUUGCAGUGGAAUAGAGGAAUAAGUCUUGAACCAUGAGCUCAGUGGCAGUGUUGACCCCGGAGAGCUUUGCGGAGCAUCGCAGUGGCCUCAAGGACCAGGACAUUGCAGGCUGCGUCCCGGAGGAUGAGGCCUACAUCCCCACCUACUUGGAGGCCUUCCCUCCUCUCCCAGAGAAGGGAACUCCAGGGGAGAAGGCCGGGGAGCCUGCAUCGGCAUGGGGCAGCAAGAUCAGGCCCAUCAAAGCCUCUGUCAUCACCCAGGUUUUCCACGUGCCCCUGGAGGAGCGUCGCUACAAGGACAACAGCCAGUUUGGCGAAGGCGAGGAGGCCAAAGUUUGCCUGGACAUCAUGCAGCGGACUGGGGCCCACAUCGAGCUGUCUCUUGCUAAGGACCAGGGCCUGUCCAUCAUGGUCACCGGGAAACUGGACUCUGUCAUGAAGGCUCGCAAGGAAAUUGUGGCUCGCUUGCAGACACAGGCCUCGGCUACUGUCGCCAUUCCCAAGGAGCACCACCGAUUUGUGAUUGGCAAGAAUGGCGAGAAGCUGCAGGAGCUGGAGCUGAAGACGGCCACUAAGAUCGCUAUUCCACGUCCCGACGAUCCGAGCACCAACAUCCGCAUCACUGGCACCAAGGAGGGCAUCGAGAAGGCUCGCCAUGAAAUACUUCUCAUCUCUGCUGAACAGGACAAACGUGCCGUGGAGCGCCUGUGUCUGGAAAAGGCUUUCCACCCCUUCAUCGCUGGUGCCUACAACCGGCUGGUGCAGGAGCUGAGCCAGGAGACGGGGACCCGCAUCAGCAUCCCCCCACCGAGCCUGCCCAAGGACGAGAUCGUCAUCACUGGGGAGAAGGAGGCCGUCGCCAUGGCACUCAGCCGCAUCCGAGCCAUCUACGAAGACAAGAAGAGGAAGACCACCACCAUCUCCGUAGAGGUGAAGAAAUCUCAGCAUAAGUACAUCAUUGGUCCAAAGGGCAACACCCUGCAGGAGAUCCUGGAGGCUACAGGCGUGUCUGUGGAGAUGCCUCCUCUGGACUCCAGCUCUGAGACCAUCAUCCUCCGAGGGGAGCCCGAUAAGCUGGGACCAGCCCUCACCCAGGUGUACGCAAAGGCUAAGAGUGUGAUGGUGGUGGAGGUGACCGCUCCAGCCUGGCUGCACCGCUUCAUCAUCGGCAAGAAAGGACAGAACAUCGGACGAAUCACGCAGCAGUUACCACGGGUUCACAUAGAGUUUACAGAUGGCGAGGAGCGCAUCAGUCUGGAAGGGCCCACGGAGGAGGUGGAGCAGGCUCAGGCCCAGAUACAGGAGAUCAUCAAGGACCUGCUGGUGCGGAUGGACUACACCGAGGUCAUUAUAGACCAGCGCUUCCACAGACAUCUCAUCGGAAAGAACGGAGCUAACAUCAAUCGGAUCAAGGAGCAGUACAAAGUGUCGGUACGUAUCCCUCAGGACUCAGAGCGCAGUAGUCUGGUCAGGAUUGAGGGAGACCCCAAAGGAGUCCAGCUGGCUCGGAGGGAGCUCAUCGAGAUGGUCCAAAGAAUGGAAAACGAACGUACCAAAGACCUGAUCGUGGAGCAGAAGUUUCACAGAACAAUCAUUGGGCAGAAAGGAGAGAAGAUUAAAGAAGUCCGGGACAAAUUCCCCGAGGUCAUUAUCAACUUCCCGGACCCGGCGCAGAAGAGCGACAUUGUCCAGCUGAGAGGUCCGAAGAACGAGGUGGAGAAAUGUGCCAAGUUCCUUCAGAAAAUCAUUGCUGACCUGAUCGAGAAUAGCUUUUCACUGUCUGUUCCCAUCUUCAAGCAGUUUCACAAAAAUAUAAUUGGUAAAGGUGGUGCCAACAUCAAAAAGAUCCGUGAAGAGACCAACACCAAGAUCGACCUGCCGACGGAGAACAGUAACUCUGAGAUGAUCAUCAUCACAGGCAAGAAGAGCAACUGUGAGGCAGCUAGAGACCGAAUCCUCUCCAUCCAGAGGGAACUGGCCAACAUCAAGGAAGCGGAGGUCACCAUUCCCUCCAAGCUGCACAACUCCCUGAUCGGCUCCAAAGGCUGCCUUGUGCGCUCCAUCAUGGAGGACUGUGGUGGCGUCCACAUCCAUUUUCCCUCCGAGGGCUCCGGCUCAGACAAGGUCACCAUCCGGGGACCGGCCGGCGAGGUGGAGAAGGCGAAGAAGCAGCUGCUGCAGCUGGCCGAGGAGAAGCAAGUCAACAACUUCACGGCUGAGCUUCAGGCAAAGCCCGAGUACCAUAAGUUCCUCAUAGGUCGAGGUGGGGCUAAUAUUCGCCGCGUGCGGGACAGGACGGGAGCUCGCAUCAUCUUCCCGUCGCCGGACGACACGGAGCAGGAGCUCAUCACCAUCGUAGGGAAAGAGGAAGCUGUGCGUCAGGCCCAGAAGGAGCUGGAGAACCUGGUCAAAAACCUGGACGACGUGGUGGAGGACAGCAUGGUGGUGGACUUCCGCCACCACCGCCACUUCGUGUGUCGGAGAGGCCAGGUGCUGCGGGAGCUGGCCGAGGAGUACGGCGGCGUGGCCGUGAGCUUCCCCCGGACCGGCGCCAACAGCCAGCGGGUCACUCUGAAGGGAGCCAAGGACUGCGUGGAGGCCGCGAAGAAGCGCAUCCAGGAGAUCAUCGAGGACCUGGAGUCCCAGGUGAGUGUGGAGGUGGCCAUCCCCCAGCGCUACCAUCGCGCCAUCAUGGGGCCUAAAGGCUGUCGCAUACAGCACAUCACCAGGGAGCACGAAGUCCAAAUCAAGUUCCCCGAGAGAGAUGAAAGCACUGCAGGUCAGGAUGCUUCAUCACAAGAAAACGGUGACGUCAGUCCAGAUGCUGAGUUUAUUCCUCGCAAAUGUGACAUCAUCACCAUCUCUGGGCGAGCGGAGAAGUGUGAGCUGGCCAAGAUUUCCCUGUUGGCCUUGGUGCCCAUAACGGAGGACGUGGAGGUGUCAUACGAGCUGCAUCGCUACAUCAUCGGCCAGAAAGGCAGUGGAAUCAGGAAGAUGAUGGAGGAGUACGAGGUGAACAUCUGGGUGCCGCAGCCGGAGAAGCAGCUGGACGUGAUCAAGGUGACGGGCCUGGCGGCGAACGUGGAGCGGGCCAGGCAGGGUCUGCUGGAGCGGGUCAAGGAGCUGCAGGCUGAGCAGGAGGACAGGGCGCUGCGGAGCUUCAAGGUCACCAUGUCUGUGGAUCCCAAGUUCCACCCCAAGAUCAUCGGCCGCAAGGGGGCAGUGAUCUCACAGAUCAGGAAGGACCACGACGUCAGCAUCCAGUUCCCUGACAAGGGAGACGAGCAGCAGGACCUCAUCGUGAUCUCGGGAUACGAGCGUAACGUGGAGGAGGCGCGUCAGGCCAUCCAGCAGCUGGUGGACGAGUGGCAGGAGAUGGUGAGCCAGGACGUAAAUCUGGACCCGAGGACCCACGCCCGCAUCAUCGGCGCCCGUGGCAAAGCCAUCCGCAAGCUGAUGGAGGAGUUCAAGGUGGAUAUCCGGUUCCCUCAGCCAGGAUCUGACGAGCCCGACAAAGUGACCGUGACAGGUCUCCCUGACACCGUGGACAGCGCCAUCGACCACCUGCUCAACCUGGAGGAGGAAUACUUGCUCAGCGUGACGGAGACGGAGACCCUGGCAGCUUAUAUGAAGCCUCCCUCUCGCUGGGGAGGAGGGGGAGGAGCAGGAGGGAUGGAUGAUGGCAGUGGGGGUCCAGCUAAGGGUUUCGUGGUGCGGGACGCCCCCUGGAACGCAGCAGGAAACAAGGCUCCCGACAUGAGCAGCGCCGAGGAUUUCCCUACGUUUGGAACAGGCGUUGCCCCGAAACAAGCGUCUGCCUGGGGGCCCAAGAAGUUCUGAGCCCCCUCCAUGUGGAGGGCAAGAGACACUCAUGAAGUAGAUGAGAGACAAAACAAACCUUGAAACAAGUUGCUGCUCGCCUUCCUUCCUUCGCCCCGCUCUCCUCCUUAGUGACCCCCCCCUCAUCUUUUUCUCCGCGUACUGUCCUCCCACAACCAGCCACAAAAAUUCUGGGAGAACAAGCCCCUCUCUUUCCCCUCGCGUGGCUCUUCUAGCGUCUCCUCCUCCUCUCCUCUGAGAUCGACGGCGCAUCGAGUGCUCUCUCCGUACGGUAGUUUUCCUGCUCUGCCUCUCGGCUGCACCGCCCCAGCUGGUCUUCUUACCUCACUGUCAGAGAGCUGUCAGCUGUUCAGAGGCCGCUGAGUGAAGACGGGGCUGUUAAGCUUGAAAGAAUGUGGGGUCUGAGUUUGUACACAUGUUUUAAGGGUCUUUUCCUGUGGUUUUUACAAGGAUGCUUCUCUUGUUGGCUCACGUUUCCAGUCCCUGAUGUGGUGCAGCAGGUGAGAUGAACAGUGCGCGUGUGUGUGUUUGUGUGUGUGUGUUAAGGAGAGGUUAUUUAUCCACAUCCAAGUGUUUGUAUCCCCACCCCCCUUUUUAUUUAUUUCUGAACUAAGAGUAAAACACCUGGUGUAGUCGAAUUCUGGAGGUUUUUCUUUUUAAAUCUCGGCAAAUGUAGACGUGUAGAACUCCUGUGCCGGGUUUGAGUUCUUAUUUAUUCCACAAUGAGCCAUUUUAUUUGAACUACUGUGAUCGUUCGUUUUUAUAAAAGCACUCACUGUAGCUUGAUGCUUACGAACUUCUGUUGGGAGUGAAUGUUGUGCGUUAAAAGACUUGAUGUAAGUGUACAAAGAACUUUUUGCUAUUUUUUUAAACUGUGUGGGAUUUAUUUGUUGUUGGUUUCUGGUGUAUUUGAAAGAAUGUGUGCGUGUGCGAGUGGUUGUGUGUGUGUGUGUGUGUGUGUGUGUGUGUGUGUGUGCAUUCAGGUGGAAGUUAAGAUGUACAUUUGAAUGAAGCUGAACCAAACUUCUA